AUGAACUACUCGACACCAGUAGGGUCACGCUGGAAGCGCGCGGACACCGUCUCCACGACAUCUUGUGCGGCCUCCCAGGCGGCGUCUUCAGUGUCGACCACCAGACCAGCGAUCACCGGCUCCAAGGAGAUCUUCAAGUGCUUUCUCCGCCACCUCCACCGCCUAUGGCCCCGGUGCCGCCUAUGCCGCCUAGAGCCCUCGUCGUCAUCUCCCUAUGGAGGCGAUGUCGAGGCCAUCAAGGCCAAGAUCAUCUCGCACCCACACUACUACUCGCUCCUCACUGUCUACCUCAAGUGCAACAAGGUGGGGGCACCAUCGGAGGUGUCGGCGAGGCUGACGGAGAUAGCGCAGGAGGUGGAGACGCGGCAGCACACGGCGCUCGGCGGCCUGGCCGCUGCGACGGAGCCGGAGCCGGAGCUGGACCAGUUCAUGGAGGCGCACAACGAGAUGCUGGUGAAGUUCAGGGAGGAGCUGACAAGGCCGCUGCAGGAGGCGAUGGAGUUCAUGCGAAGGGUGCAAUCGCAGCUCAACUCGUUUUCCACCUCCGAAAGGUCGCUGCGCAACAUCCUUUCAUCUAUGCACUGGCGGAAGAGCGCCACCCCCACGAACAUCUCGCACAGGUGGGCAAAUAUGGCCGCCUGGAGGAUGGAGUGGGGCGUUAGGUGCUGA